AUGAAGGUUCGUUCCCCCGGCGCUGUCCCGGGACGGCUGCAGCUCCCGGGUGUGAGCCCACCCUGUGGCCGGUCCUCUUCCACACACCCCUUCCGAAACCGACCGAGCAGAGCAGCACAAAUCCUGGCAGGUGAGGAGUUAGGCAAACAGACCAGUUCCACUGUUUUGGGGGAAGAUGAGUAUAGAACUAACAGAUGGCUUGUUAUUGCAGUUGGUCUAGUUCGAGCAUACCUUGCUAAAGGUAGCUACCACAGCCUUUACUAUUCUAUAGAAAAGCCCUUGAAAUUCUUCCAAACUGGAGCUUUGCUUGAGAUUCUGCACUGUGCAUUUGGCAUUGUUCCCUCUUCUGUUGUUCUGACUGCAUUCCAAGUGAUGUCAAGGGUUUUCCUGACGUGGGCAGUAACACAUAGUGUAAAAGAGGUACAAACUGAAGACAGUGUCCUGUUGUUUGUGGUGGCCUGGACAAUCACUGAGAUAAUUCGUUAUUCUUUUUAUACAUUUAGCUUGUUAAACCAUCUCCCUUAUCUCAUAAAAUGGGCCAGGUACACUUUGUUUAUAGUAUUGUAUCCAAUGGGAGUCUCAGGUGAAUUACUGACAAUAUAUGCUGCAUUACCCUUUGUCAGGCAGUCUGGCUUGUAUUCCAUUAGUUUACCUAACAAGUACAAUUUUUCUUUUGACUACUAUACGUUCCUGAUCCUGGUUAUGAUCUCUUACAUUCCAAUCUUCCCUCAGCUGUAUUUUCAUAUGCUACGUCAGAGGCGAAAGGUGCUCUCCCACACUGAAGAACACAAGAAGUCGGAGUAAUUUCAGCUUUUUUCAGAACUUUUCAAACAUCAAAAUGCUGCAGAUUUUCAAUACCCAGCACAUUUAUAAAGAACAUACCAGGAUAAAAUAAGUCAGAGGUAAAAGACCAAUAAUUUAGCAAGAAUAACCAAUAAAUCCGAUGUCACUGAAAUUCCAUUAAUAUAAAACACUGAAAUAAUUUUCAGCUUGCAGUGCUUUGGAAAACUUAGACUUUAUAUGGCUUGGCAGUUAGCCUUUUCCUUAAAUGAUGUGCUAAGUGGUUUUCAUUUAUUACUAAAUGCCUGAAGGUUGCAGUAGGAGUGAUAAAGUUGUACCCACUAAAUGCUUGAAUUGGGAUUAUAUUACUGAUACAUUUUUUUUAAGUGCUUGACUGCAUGCCAGAAACUAUGUAUUGCUAUGAAAGCAAACAAUAUGCUCUGGAAUACUUUAGGGUUUUGUCAGAGACUCCAGUGGGCAAUGUAAUCCAGGCAAAGUAUUUGAAUUUAGGAAGGUAGGUGGUGUGUUUAAAAGGUGAUGGGAACAGUAAUAGGAAACCAGUUAUGGGAAAUGAGGGGAAUGUGGUUCUUUAGGAAUUUAAACAGUAGGGUGUCUGACCACUGGGUUCUCUGAAGAUCUUGUUUAAGCUGAUUACUCAAGUGCUAAUGUUAAUUCAGAGGCUAUAAUGCUUAUCUCAAAUAUUAAAACUCCUCUAAGUACAGCAUCCCUGGAUACUUUAUUAAAUAUU